ACCGAGCGGCGGGGCAGAGACCAGACCCCAGGCUGGCGGGGGAGGGGGCGCAGCUGUGAGUCACCCGGGAGCCCCUGAUCGACCGUGGGAGAAAGUCCUACGCGGGCCUGCCCGCCUGGCUCGUGAACUGCUUUCCCGGGGAGAGGGCGAGGCUGGCGGCAGUCCCAGAGUGCGGCCGUGCCUGGCGCACAAGUGUGGUUCCAGUACGAAUUAACCCGUAGCUUGAGGGAGUGGAAGCCUCACGAAGCCUCAGUUUCCUCUUCUACAUCAUGCAGAUAAGCAUAGCCCUUGCUUCCUAGGUUCUUGGGGAUUAAGAGAUAAGGCAAGUGAUAGGGGGAGCCUGAUACACAGUACUCUCAAUACACUCAGCGCCCUCUCCGGAGGGAGGAAGUAAAAGUGGCGAGCAUCGCGGGAAGCGUGCCAAGGUGGCAGCACGCAACGCCUGCAAAAAUGUUUUCCCUCGAUCUCUCUCCGGCCUCUAAUUCCCCCACUGUCAGGAAGAGAAGACGGUCCACCGGGGCCACGCCCCUAUUGUACAGUCUAUAAGUGGCGGUGCCCGCGGCCGCGGGUUCAGAUUAUUGAAGCUGAGGACUCGCGCUGUUAGCGGUCGCUUCCUGGAUUAUUUUUUGCUGAGGUAUUUGCAAUCUUUUUCGUUUUUUGUGGAGAGGAUUUCGCUGCGAUCUGAAGGUCUAGACGAACGCUCGGGCUCCGUGGGAAGGCUUUGGGCUCUCCGGCCUCGGAUUUUUCAUUUUCAUCCUUGGAACUGUCGUGUGGCUGUUUUCCACUGUGGAUUAUAACUGCAACAUGACACUGGAAGAGCUCGUGGCAUGCGACAACGCGGCGCAAAAGAUGCAGACGGUGAGCGCCGCGGUGGAGGAGCUGCUGGUGGCCGCGCAGCGCCAGGACCGCCUCACCGUGGGGGUGUACGAGUCGGCCAAGCUGAUGAAUGUGGACCCUGACAGCGUUGUCCUGUGCCUCCUGGCCAUUGACGAGGAGGAAGAGGAUGACAUCGCCCUGCAGAUCCACUUCACCCUCAUCCAGUCGUUUUGCUGUGACAACGAUAUCGAUAUCGUGCGGGUGUCAGGAAUGCAGCGACUGGCACAGCUGCUGGGCGAGCCGGCCGAGACCCAGGGCACCACUGAGGCCCGGGACCUGCACUGCCUCCUGGUCACGAACCCUCACACAGAUGCCUGGAAAAGCCACGGCCUGGUGGAGGUAGCCAGUUACUGCGAAGAGAGCCGGGGGAACAACCAGUGGGUCCCCUGCAUCUCCCUCCAGGAACGCUGAGACCCUUCUGGUCAGAACCUGUUGCUGCCAAAAAAUAAAACAAAAUAAAUAUUUGACACCCCUCCCCCCAGAACAACCCCCCAAAACAACCCAACCCAUGAGACCAUCGGGGGCAGGAUCACUGGAGACUGAAGACAGGAGAGGGGAGUGCGCAGCGGUGCCCAGCCUGGAGCAGCACGCCAGAAGUGGCCACCGUGUGAGGAGAAGAUGGGACCCAGGCCAGCAGGAGAGGGGACCCCGGAGCUCGGGCCUGGUGACAGAGCAGAAGCUGCGGUGGGGGAGCUGCUGCCUCCCUCACAGUGGAGGGCCUGGACUCCACAUUCCGGGAGUGGGGUGAGACUGCACCCCCAUCCUUCUUGAGACGGGAGCUGUCAUCUGCAGAUGGGCCUUGCUUGGCAGAGGGUCUGCACCCUGGCCAGGACUUAGACUUUGGGACUUGGGAGCAGGGGCUGAAUUUGCUCUGUACCCAGGAACUCCCAGUUUGCAAACUAAAUAGACAAUCUAUUUUGUUACUUGCACUUGCUACUUGAACCACUGAAAGAGAGAUGGGAGGCUUACAGAUACAUAUAUUUUUACUUCUACUAUGACGGCCUUGUAAUAAAUUUCUAAAGCUUC